AUGGCUGCCGCUCCAUCACCUCAAGCCGCCUCAGGCUCGCGCGCUUUCGUCACUAGCGAUGGGCGAUCGCCAACAAGCGCGAAUCACCGACCACUUUUCGUGCCCACCGACUUCAAACGGGAGAGGCGAACUCCUGAGCCUCCUGGUACAGGACCGAGCGUACGGCACCGCGACAGUAGCUCCAGCCUGGAUCAGACUAGCCUAGCCUCCCAAGGCAUGCCGUCACCGACCGCUUUCGCCGUGUCAAGCGCGAGUCAGUUGCCGCUGGCCACUCAACUUGCGGUUCGCCGAGCUAGCCACAGCCCAUACGCACAAAGCUCACGCGCAUCGUCAUCAGAACGCGGACCAUCAUCGCUCCACGCUUCUUCGCGUUCGCCGACCCCUCUUCGAACCGAUUCUUUAGUCACCGCGUCCUGUCGAAUGGCGCCGGCAGCGGUCGGUAACGAGCACGAACGCGGUAAGCCAGAUGCAUUCGUUGCAGACGCGCCCGCCUCUGCAGACACUGCGAGGAAUGUCUCAGAGCCUUCGGCUUCACACCAAGAGCACAGCAUCGAGACCCCAAAUCGCAUGGGCCACGAUCAACAGGGCGGGCUGCGCCAAGAGGCGGCGCAGGUGUGGAAGCAGUAUCAAGCUCGCUCGCCGUUUGCUCCCAGAAUGUCUGGCGACUCUUUGACGAAAAGCGCUCUGAGAGCAGCGCCUUCGUCAGCCUCGACACCGGUCUCUCCUACUCGCUCAGACGAUCCGGGGACGCCUACAUAUCCUCUGGAUGGUGCAUCGGAAGGAGCGCGGACGGAGAGCCCGACUGAGCGACGAUCUCGCGAGACGUUUGCUAGCCGCCUUUCUCUCAAUCUCGGCUCAGGCGGCUUCUAUCUGGGAGACGAGGAUGGCUGGAAGGAGCGGCUCCUAACAGGCAAUUCUGACCCGGAAUCAAGCUCUUCCAAGCUGGCAUCACCUCGACAGUUGCAGGAGUCGGGUCGAAGCCUCAGCCAACCAUCAUCGAGCACCAUGCCUGUCCCGCAGACUUGCAACGAACUGACUCAUGACGAGCGCAGGCAGCAGCUACGCCGCUCACAGAAGCUUGUAAGCAUCUUCGGAGGCGAAUUGUUUGGAGAAGGAGAAGAUCGCGCGGCCGAGCACGACGAUGCGAACCGCAAAGCAUCAAGGAGAGCGACCGCACUUUCCACGACGCUUCGUCGGCAGAGCGAUCCCAUGGAGACGCUCCACACGGCAAGGUCUCAGGUGCACAAAGAAAAGAUCUCCGUCGAGCCUUCUGGCUUCUCAAGAGCGCGCAGUGUGCUUAGACGGCGAAGCAGAAGCGUUAUCAACAUCGGGCAGAUACAGCCUGCGAGUGUUUUUCCUACGAACCCGUCCAACACGGCUAUGUCACACCUUUCGCAUGAGACUCGUCCCCCUAACCUGACUUCCAAAGCUGCUGCGCUCCUGGGUCUGGACGUCCCUGGCACAGGCGAUCGCGAGCAUGUUGGAUCUCAUCGGUCUUCAGGCGCCUCUCGAACCGGCCUCAAAGUGGUGCCUCCAAUUUCCUACCGCACAUUAUUCAAUGUGGCACACUCAAAUAUCCCAGCCGCUCCUUACUCGGCUUUUCCUCGUCUGACCAAUGCUUUGGAUGGCAAUGACCUCUGGAGCGCCGUCGACAGUCCUCCAACUCUGCAGGCCGACACGACGAGUGUCCAAUCAGGACCCAAGUUCGCGCCCGAUGCAAUCCAUAGGGAUGCGUCUAUCGAUCAGUCCAACUCUUCAAGCAGUCUAGAAAUUCUGGCGGAUCACAGCCUCGAGCUCGAUGACUUCCCGUUAGGAGGCCCGCGAGAGGAGCGACGCAAGCGCGUCGCUAAAAUAAGCAAGUGGCUUGGUGCUGUAGUACCUCCUCACCUCGUCUCACCCUCGCUCGACAGCCAUACUGGCCCCGCAUACAUGCUAGGAGAUGAGCCUCACAUGCAGGAGGUGGAUUACUUCAGUGGUGCACCGACUGCAGCGGACUCUGACUCGGAGAGCACUCGUUCAGGGCUGAACAGAGCGAAGGUGGCAACACUGCGGCGGCUGAAGCGUGAGCCUCAAGGUAGCAUUGUCCCUGCGCCUGGUGCGACGUCUUUCACUGAAACGGAACCACGAACAAGCUUGCUGAGGCUCUCUAGCUCUAGCAACUCGUCCAACGACCAUUUCACCAACGUGCGCCGAGCGCAGACCAUUCAAAAGAAGUUCGGCGAGGCCCCUCCACAUGGCCUAUUUGGAAGCGCGCCCGCACUCGAAAAGAAUUCUUCCGCAGUGUCCAGGCAGAGCACUCGUCGUGUCCACGGGCAUUCUGCCAGCGUCUCCGCCAUCGGCCGCUCCGGCGUCCUGCCAGGGCGCAUGGCUGAUCCACUGCAAAACAAAGUGAGCCUCCCUCUGAGCACACGACCUCGCAGCGGCUCCAACCAGUACCGAGCUUCUCUCGACAGCUUGGAGUACCUGCUCGAGCACGAUCGCCAUCUCCUGACGCAGCUCGUCACAGCUCUCGACGAGGAGAGCGAGAGCAGCAGCAGCGCCGGGCUUGAGCGCGGCGCUGCUCCGGCGCUGCGGGACCCUUUUGCCAGACCGAGCGAAUCCCGAUCUUCUUCCGUCGCGAGAACGGAGCGGGAGUAUCGAAGUCCUUCUCCUGGGCUCGAGUCGGACAGUGCGUCAUUGCCGCUGUCCACCAGCGAUCCCAGUGAUUCUGCUCUGGCGAAGCAUCCCUACACCAUGCAGCGGGCGUAUCACCCUUUCAACACUUCGGUGGCCCCGCCCGUGGAUGACGCAGGUACAUCAGGCCCACUUGAGGAAGUAAGGCGCGGCUCAAUCGCUUCACUUACAUCGACUACCGACAGCCUCGAAACGGACUCUGUAGACGAUACGAUGGAACAUUGCAUGCACAGCGCACACCGUCAGCAGGCUGCUCGCGCACAGCGCAUUGCAAAAUUCUUUGGUGAAGCUCCUCCAAUGCCUCUGGUGAACUCCCAUACCGCGCCCAAGCCUGGCGUAGCGGAUGGGGCGGAACCACACGGCUUGGCAGGCAUUGCGAUGGCGGACACUGGAAGCGGUGGAGUUUCUAUGAAUGCCCAUUCGACUGCGUUGGACGUACCAGUAUCCGCGCGCUCUCGACUGGCUCCUCGCAGCGCUGGUUCUGGCACCUCUCACGCCUUCAGGCGCAUCCUCCGCAGUAUCGAGGACGAGCUCGAAGACGAUGAAGCUUUGGAGCCGCGAGAACGGAUGGACCUUAGCUGUCGCUUGGAAAAGUUGAGGCGAAGGCAGACAGAAAUCGACAAUGCGUGA